AUGGGGAGAGAAGAUGAGGAUCACAUAAAGUCACCUCUAAUUAGUAUUAUAUCACAAGAAGAUGGAGAUGGAGAUGGAGAUGGUGUGUUUGAGGAAAUGAAGAAGCAGUUAUGGUUGGCAGGCCCUCUCAUAUGUGUCUCCCUCCUACAGUAUUCUCUGAACCUCAUUUCGAUCAUGUUCGUUGGUCAUCUUGGAGAGUUGUCUCUCUCUGGUGCUUCCAUGGCUACCUCCUUCGCUAGUGUCACUGGUUUCAGUUUAUUUAUGGGAAUGGCAUGUGCGUUAGAUACGCUAUGUGGUCAAUCGUAUGGAGCAAAGCAGUACCAUAUGCUAGGCAUAUACAUGCAGAGAGCAAUGGUGAUACUUAUGUUAGUCAGCAUACCGAUAGCUCUUAUAUGGCUCAACACAGGGUCGAUCCUAAAAGCCGUGGGUCAAGACCCGGACAUAUCUAGAGAGGCUGGAGUGUAUGCUCAGUUCAUGCUCCCAAGCCUUUUCGCUUAUGGCCUCCUCCAAUGUCUUGUAAGAUUUCUACAGACACAAAACAUUGUGUUCCCCAUGAUGGUGAGCUCAGGGAUUGCCACUUUGCUACAUGUGUUGAUUUGUUGGCUUUUGGUGUUCAAAUCUGGCCUUGGUACCAAAGGGGCUGCAUUGGCUAAUUCCAUAUCGUAUUGGAACAACGUCAUUUUAUUAGCACUUUAUGUCAAGUUUUCAUCUUCUUGUGUCAAAACUUGGACUGGGAUCUCUAGAGAAGCGAUCCAUGGUAUCCUCCCUUUUAUCAAGCUCGCAAUACCUUCGGCUGUUAUGGUAUGCUUGGAGAUGUGGUCAUUUGAGCUGAUUGUUCUGCUUUCUGGGCUUCUUCCGAAUCCUAAAUUGGAGACCUCGGUGCUUUCAAUUUGGUAA